UCCGACUAGAGUUCAAAUAUAAAUCCAAUUAGAUUUCUACCCAAAUUCCACCCAUAUAAUAGGGUUCAUGCCUCAAGGCUAUGUAAUGGGUGGCGUGUAUUUGCCGUUAAUCUACCCCGAAAUUUGUCGUAGAUAUUGUCACUGUCAGAAGUGAGGAAUGCUUGAGCUCCACAUAAACAAAACCUAAAAUUUUAAUUUCUAAAAAAUAAUGGCUGCAAAGGCUUGCCAAUCACAAAAAAUACCAGAAUUAACUGACGUAAUUUUCCAUCAUGAUCAUAACCCAGAUUUUUAUAUACCAAGAAGGAGGAAUGUUGUAAAUUUUUAUGCAAAUCUUAGUUUUUUACAUUCAAAACAGCUUUAAUCAGAUGUUUCCCAGAACUUACUAAAAUUAUCCCCUUUUAGUGGCACAAGAAAAUGGCAACAAUUGCUGCAAGUAGGGUGGGAUUAGGGCAAAUCAACCCUUCUUUUAAAACCCUUAACCCCAAAAAUUCCCACUCUUCUUUCUUGGGAAAACCUAUUUACUUUAAACCCAAAUUCAGUUCUUCAUCUACCUUAAAAUCUAAGAGAAAAUGCUUGAUUUUUGCUGCUGGGUCUGAGUUUUUCGACCCGAUUCGAGACCUUUUUCUGGGUGUGGGAGUUGGGCUUCCUUGUACUGUUAUGGAGUGUGGAGACAUUAUUUAUAGAAGUACUCUUCCAAGGUCAGAUGGGUUAACACUCACUGUUCCUGGAGUUAUAUUGGCUUUGGGGGCUGUUUCUUACCUUUGGGCAACACCUGGUGUGGCUCCUGGAUUCUGGGAUAUGUUUGUGCUUGCUUUUGUUGAAAGAAUUUUCAGACCCACCUUCAAAAAGGAUGAUCUUGUUUUGGGGAAGAAAUUGGGAGAAGGAGCUUUUGGAGUUGUUUAUAAAGUUUCGUUAGCCAAUACCUCAAAGCCCUCUAUGAAGGAAGGUGAUUUGGUCUUAAAAAAGGCUACCGAGUAUGGUGCUGUAGAAAUCUGGAUGAAUGAGCGUGUGCGGAGGGCAUGUGCUAUUAGUUGUGCUGAUUUUUUGUACGGUUUCAGGGAGAGUUCUAAGAGAGGAGAUGAAUAUUGGCUUUUAUGGCGUUUUGAGGGUGAGUCAACACUGGCGGAUUUGAUGACGAGCAGGGAUUUCCCAUACAAUGUUGAAACAAUAAUCCUUGGAGAGCGGCAGAACUUGCCCAAAGGAAUAGAACGUGAGAAUAGAAUUAUACAAACAAUACUGAGGCAACUUUUAUUCGCAUUGGAUGGUCUUCACUCAACUGGAAUUGUUCAUAGAGAUAUAAAGCCCCAGAAUAUAAUUUUCUCUGAAGGUUCUCGCACAUUCAAGAUUAUUGAUCUGGGGGCUGCAGCAGAUUUACGAGUAGGCAUCAACUAUAUUCCUAAAGAGUUCCUUUUAGACCCAAGAUAUGCUGCACCAGAGCAAUACAUCAUGAGCACUCAAACUCCAUCAGCACCAUCACCUCCUGUGGCCACUGCACUUUCCCCAGUCCUAUGGCAGUUGAAUUUACCGGAUAGGUUUGACAUAUACAGCACUGGCCUCAUGUUUCUACAGAUGGCCUUCCCUUCUUUACGUUCUGACAGCAACCUUAUCCAGUUCAACCGUCAGUUGAAGAGGUGUGGAUAUGAUCUGAAUGCAUGGAGGAGUACAGCUGAACCACGAGCAGCAGCUGACCUUAAAAGAGGCUUCGAACUAUUAGAUUUAGAUGGAGGGAUAGGAUGGGAGCUCCUGACAUCAAUGGUUCGAUACAAAGCAAGACAACGGUUGAGCGCAAAAGCUGCCCUGGCCCACCCAUAUUUUGAUCGAGAAGGCCUCCUAGCUUUAUCCUUCAUGCAAAGUUUGAGGCUACAACUGCUCAGAGCAACACAACAGGACUACGGGGAGGCUGCCAAAUGGAUUACUCAGUUGAUGGCAAGAUCAGGGACUAAAAAAGAUGGCGGAUUCACAGAAGCCGAGCUGCAGCAACUCCGGGAAAUGGAGCCAAGAAAGAAGGGGGGUGCACGAAGAAAUGCUAUGGCGUCGGUUCUUAGGUUGCAAAGGAAGAUCAUAAAAACACUGAACGAGAGCAUCGAUGAACUCAAUCAAGGAAGGAAGAGUAUGUGGUGGAGCAGAUGGAUCCCUAGAGAGGAAUAAGAACAGUAUAUAUAGUGAACAUAUUGAGUUUAAAACUACAUCUAUAUGUUAAGUUUGUAAAGUCUAUACCUGUCAUAUGGUCCAGAGUCCAGACUUAAUAAUUAGUUGGUGUCAGAUUUUCUUUCUGCCUAUUUUUAUGGUUUCAAUCAUAUACAGCUAGCAAUCAUGUACAGAUUACUUGGUAGUGUAUUUUCCUAUGUUACUUAAUUCCGACCUUCCAUUGUCAGAGCAACUAAAGGGUGUAAUUUCCCCAUGUUUAUAGAUCUGUGGAAGUUUAAUUUA